GACAGCGACGACAGCAGCGACGGCAGCCAGAGCCCUGCGGGGGAGGAGGCGGCGGGGGCCUGCGGGACAGAUCUCUCUCACAUGUCUUUUGAGGAACUGCUGCAAAUACAGAAUGACUCAAGAACAAGUGUGUGCAAGCGAGUGACCAGUGGGAAGAAAACCGCCAAACCUACCAAAGCUACAGUGAAGCAGCAGCAAGGCAAAAAAGGGCCAUUGGAGAUGUCUUCCAAGAAGCCUGUACCUUUUCUGCGCCAGGUCGUGUCUGUCAGAAAGAAGAUCCACAGAGACCCUCGAUUUGAUGACCUGUCUGGAGAGUAUAAGCCUGAAAUAUUUAUGAAGACUUACAGCUUCCUGGACAGUAUCAAGAAGCAGGAGAAAGAGAUGAUUCAGAAGCAGCUGAAAAAAUGCCGGAACGUGGAGCAGAAGGAGAAACUCCAGCAGCUCCUGAACCGCAUGAAACAGCAAGAACAGGCACAGCAAAAGCAGCAGAAAUUGAGGGAGAGAGAACUGGCUUGGAAGAGACAACAGAGGGAAUUGGCCAAGCAGGGAAAGAAGCCCUUCUUCCUAAAGAAAUCUGAGAUGAAGAAACUGGAGCUAGCUGAUAAAUACGCAGAGUUGAAGAGGAGUGGGAAGCUGGAAAGCUUCCUGAACAAGAAGAGGAAGAGGAAUGCCAUCAAAGACAAGCGCCGCCUGCCCUCACAGAAGAACCUGUGACUGCUGGACAGAUGUGCUCUUGUCUGGCACUGGGACUCGCUCUUCCCGGGCCAGGCCCUCUUCCCGGUACCUGUCUGUCACUGUACAGUGCUGAUGUAGGGCAGCAGAGUCUGAACUAAAGAAAAUAGUGCUUUUUGUAGCUGAAAUGUCCUCUUUACUGUGGUUGACACCACACCUGGGUGGUGACAAGUCUGUCAUGCAGGUGUGCUUGUCACUGAGAGCUGUCCUUGUCCUUGCACCUGCCCAUCUCUUCCUGUAGCUGUGAGAGCACAAGCCCUACCCUGCAUUGCUGCCUCUCCUCCAGGCGUUACUAUUCACCACCUGAGGUGGGAAUAGGAAGCCUCUUGGCCUCUCUUGGGCGGAGAGGCUCUGGUUCAGAGCAGGGCUAGCACUGGCUUCAGACCAGGUUGCCCAGGGCUUUUUCAGCUGGCUCUGGGAAAAUCCAAGGACAGAUGGUACUACCUAUCUUGGCUUCUGCUCCACUGCUUUGGGUUCUCAAGAUGCAAACUCCUUUUAAUCCUGAUCUAGGAAACAUGCCUGGGUUUAGUCCCUAAUUAUUGUCCUGUUCGCAGGGAAGUGCCUGUCCCCAUCUUCUCAUGUCAUAGGUCUGGGGAGUGGAGGAAAAAGGGGUCUGUUAGGUCUCCCCAAAGCCUUUCCUUCCUGCGUGUGAAUAAACCCUGUUGUUCCCUCA